AUGGGUCUGUGGGAGUCCAAGCUGCCGCAGAAGGCCAGGUCCUUGAGGCCGCAGGAGAAGGAUAUCCUCAAAUCCCCCCUGAUCAUCUUUGUGAUGGGAGGCCCGGGCUGUGGCAAAGGAACCCAGUGCAAGAACAUGGCAACUAAGUACGGCUUCUGCCACGUGGGCCUGGGCCAGUUGUUGCGGCAGGAGGCCCAGCAGGGUACCCGGCGCGGCCAGAAGAUCCGUGAGAUCAUGCUCCAGGGGCUCCUGGUACCCACGGGAAUCAUCCUAGAUAUGAUCAGUGACAACAUGUUGUCCUGCCCAGAAAGCCCAGGCUUCCUCAUCGAUGGCUUUCCCCGGGAGCUGACGCAGGCCAAGGAGUUUGAGCGCAUUGUCGGCCGGGCCCCCAACAUUGUCAUGGUGUUUGACUGUUCCAUGGAGACGAUGGUCCAGAGAGUGCUGCACCGGGGUCAGGUAGAGCACCGGGCAGACGACUGUGAGCCAGCCAUCCACCGGCGCCUGGAGACACACUACACCCUGUUCGAGCCUGUACUGACCUUCUACCAGCAGAAGAACCUGCUCUGGAAUGCAGAAUGA